AUGGACAGCAUGGGGCUUCAUCGUCGCAGCUCAUCCCCACUUCUUGUGGGGAUCGGAGUCGUGCUACUGUGGCAAACAUGGCAGAGCCAGCAGCACGUCUUCCUCGCAGAGCGGGCGCAGCCGCGUCUUGAGCGAACAGCCGUCGUCCCCGAUUGCCAGGGGACGGAGAAGGAAUCACAGCUUUGCAGAAGGAACAUGUUCAUGGUCCUCGCUGCUGGAGCUGGGCAGGCGGAGUCAGCUCAAGCUGCGUCCCCCAAAACCAUCCUGGUUGCCGGAGCUACUGGCCAGACCGGCAGGCGGAUCAUCGAAAGGUUGGCGAAAAUGGGCGAUGUGUCGGUGAUCGGCGGGGUGCGAGACACUGCGAAAGCAGAGAAAGAGCUGGGCAAAUCCUCGAUUGCCAUUCGGGGAGCCAUGGUAGACGAGGUCAAGGCGGUUGACACGAAAGGAGUUUCUCUGAAGCCUUUAGACGUCACCAAGGAUUCUGUUGACAAGCUGGCAGAAACUCUGGUUGGUUGCAAUGCACUCAUUAUUGCCACCGGUUUCGUCCCCUCCAAUCCCUUUGCCAUGGGGGCCGAGGCGCAUGCCGUCGAUAACUUGGGAACCAAGGCGUUGGUAGAUGCCGCCAAGAAGUCAGGCGUUAGCAAAAUCGUGCUGGUGUCUUCUAUCUUGACGAAUGGCCGAGCCUGGGGUCAAGAAAACAGCCCAGGAUUCCAAGUAACGAAUGCAUUCGGCAACGUGUUGGAUGAAAAGUUGGAGGCAGAGAAGUACCUGCGUGCAUCAGGCAUCGACUACACCAUCGUGCGACCAGGAGGUUUGAAGUCCGCUGCACCGGAGACGAACCUGUUCGUUGGCAAGGAGGACACCCUGAACAGCGGAGAGGUCUCCCGAGAUCUAGUUGCAGAUGUCAGCAUCGCGGCGGUGUUUGACGGCAAGGCUUCCAACAAGGUUGUUGAGAUCAUCGAAGACGACAAAGCGAAGUCACUGUCACAGAGUGAAUGGUUCGUCUUGUAG